AUGUCAGGCAACACCCUGAGAGGCACGCCCAAUCGCGGCCAGGCCCGUGGAGGCAUCCCCUUCACCCAGAGCCCCUCGGUCACCGGCUCUGCUGUCCCUGGCGCCGCUUCUGGCAUUCCUCGCCCUGUUCUAGAGACCCAGCCUACGCAGAGCGAAGUUGGUGGAUCGGGACUCAGCGCGAGCCCCUUCCUUCCCCCCUCUCCGGACAUCUUGGGGAAAAGUGAGCAUCGUCUCUCUGCCCUUCUUUGUGUCGUCGUCGUUGUCGAAUCUGCGACCGUGACAAUAACACUUGUCGUCCCUCGUCGACUUCCCGAACCAAUUCACCCGACAGACCUCGAUCAGAUGGGCAGACUUACCUACGGCGAGCUCGAAAGGGCCAGAAUGCUCGACACGAUGGAUACUGACUACUACGUCAAGGCAAUCCGCAAGAAGAUGGAGAGCGACCUCUCCAAGAAGAAGCAUCUCACGAGCCGAGCGCGUCACUCGCGCAAGGCCCCGCCCGGCACCGUCCUUGCCCUGAAACCGAGCCAGGCUCUGCAGAUCAAGCCCGGCACCACCGUUGCCGAGGCCGCUCAGCUUAUGGCCGCGAAACGCGAGGACUGCGUGCUCGUUACCGAUGACGAUGAUCGUAUCGCCGGCAUCUUCACCGCCAAGGACCUGGCCUUCCGCGUCGUCGGCGCCGGUCAGAAGCCGAACCACAUCACCAUCGCCGAGAUCAUGACCAAGAACCCCCUCUGCGCCCGCACCGACACGAGCGCCACCGAUGCCCUUGACCUCAUGGUCCGCAAGGGUUUCCGUCACCUGCCUGUUAUGGACGAGAACCAGGACAUUUCGGGCAUUCUCGAUAUUACAAAGUGUUUCUACGACGCCAUGGAGAAGCUGGAGCGUGCCUACUCGUCCUCGCGACGCCUGUACGACGCCCUCGAGGGUGUGCAGUCCGAGCUCGGCACGAGUCAACCUCAGCAGAUCAUCCAGUACGUCGAGGCUCUGCGCUCCAAGAUGUCCGGUCCCACUCUUGAGUCUGUCCUCGACGGCCGACCCCCGACGACGGUGAGCGUCCGGACCUCGGUCAAGGAGGCUGCGCAGAUGAUGAAGGAGAACCGUACGACCGCCGUCCUCGUGCAGGACCAGGGUGCCAUCACUGGCAUCUUUACCAGCAAGGACGUUGUCCUCCGCGUCAUUGCCCCCGGCUUGGACCCCGCAACCUGCAGCGUCGUUCGCGUCAUGACCCCUCACCCUGACUUUGCUCCUAUGGACAUGAGCAUCCAGGCUGCUUUGCGCAAGAUGCACGACGGCCACUACCUCAACCUCCCUGUCAUGAACGAUGGCGGCGAGAUCGUUGGCAUGGUCGACGUCCUCAAGCUCACCUACGCCACCCUCGAGCAGAUCAACACCAUGUCCACCUCGGACAGCGAAGGACCCGCAUGGAACAAAUUCUGGCUUUCGCUCGACGACGGCACUGAAUCCUUGAUGUCCGGUGAGGGCAGCCAUACCCACCACACAAACCUCGGCUCCCGCAUCAUGUCCCCCGACAUUUCUCGCGAGCGUAUCGGUGACAGCGUCGCCCCCGGCGACUCAGCAUCCCACGUCGGUAUCGAGUCGCCGCCGCGUUCCGCAGUCACCGGCAACAGCCCGGCCCAGCAAUCUCCCGCCGAGCUGCCCUUCCCCUUUAAGUUCAAGGCCCCGUCCGGACGUGUGCACCGUCUGCAAGUCAUCGCCUCCCAGGGCAUUGCAGCCAUGGUCACCAACGUGCUGGCCAAGCUCGGAAGCGAGGUGGAUGCUAUUGGUGGUGCCCCCACUGUUGAGGAAGGCAAAAUUUCGGGUGGUUUCGCGCUCAGUUACCUCGAUGACGAGGGCGACUCGGUCUCGAUCACAACGGACAACGAUCUCCUCGAGUCUAUCCUGCUUGCCCGUCAAGGUCGCAGAGAAAAGGUCGACCUCUUCGUUCACGACCCCGAGAAGCCUCCUGUCUCUGCUGCUCCUCCCACCAUUGAAACAAUUGCCCUUCCCACUCCUCCCAUUUCCGCCACCCCAGACCUGCGCCGGAGGCGAGCGUACGACGACGAGGAUGAUGAGGCGGAGGAUGAAGACGACGAUGUGUCCCACGUGCGUCGGUCGCGCCGCGCGAAGCACACGCCCGAGCCGGAACAGGUUAUCGCCGGCGUCCCCAACGAGCUGCUGCUGCCCGGCGCCAUCGUGACGUUGGCGGUUGUCAUUGUUGGUGUCUUCACCAUCUCGCGCUUGACCAGUAGGGAGGCCGGGGCGGAUACUUCCGUUCAGCUUCCCCCGAAAGCUCCAAAAAUUGUUCCCGACGACUGUCCGUCCUGCAGCGGAAAUCACACUCACCCGCACCUCGCCGCUGCCGACAAAAAAAUGAUUGUCAGAAGUAUAGUCAGCCGGCAUGGCCGCAGAGCCCUCGUGGCGCCAGUCGCCCGAUCAUGCCACCGCGCCAUCACCACCUCCUCCCUCGUCGGCCUGACCCCCGAACGACUUGACAGCCUCAACGAGGAGGCGGCACUUAGCCAAAUCUCAGAAGACCCGCGGCAGGCACAUCUCCGCCAGCUACAGGAUGGCAAGGCUAUCCGCAAGGCGUACGACGGGUUCCGCCGCGUGCAGAAGGCGACGGCACACCUCGGCUCCGUCGUCGAGCGCGCUUACGUGCCGUCGUCCCUUAUCGAAAAUCCGCCCGCGGCCAAGGACAUCACGCUCGAGCUGCUGAUGGCGUCGCAGACGCACAUGGGUCACCACACGUCUUUGUGGAACCCGGCGAACGCGCGGUACAUAUACGGUGUCAGGCAGGGCAUCCACAUCAUCUCCCUUGAGACGACGGCCGCGCACCUGCGUCGCGCCGCAAGGGUCGUCGAGGAGGUCGCGUACCGUGGCGGCCUGAUUCUGUUCGUUGGCACGAGGAAGGGCCAGAUGGAGAUCGUCACCAAGGCGGCCAGUCUCGCGGGCGGAUGCCACCUCUUCACCAAGUGGACCCCGGGCAACAUCACGAACCGCGAUGUGAUCAACCGCGGCAAGGAGGUCAAGGUUGUCGACCACAAGGACGUGAAGCUGGGCGGGUUCGAGAGACUGGAGAGGACUGGCCGGCCGCUGGUGCCGGAUCUAGUGGUGUGCCUGAACCCGCGUGAGAACUACACCAUGCUGUACGAGUGCGGCCUGGCGAACGUGCCGACGAUCGGCAUCAUUGACUCGGACGCAAACCCGGACUGGGUCACGUACACGAUUCCGGCCAACGACGACAGCUACCGAUCCGUCGCCGUCGUCGCCGGCGUACUCGGACGUGCGGGCGAGCAGGGCCAGAAGCGGCGCCUCAGGGACGCGGAGAGCGGCACGGUCGCGUGGCAGACUCCCGCCGAGACGGCGCGGUACAUGCGGGCCGAGCUGACCCGAUACAUGCGGGAGGCCGAUCAGUGGGUGAAGGAUCAUGGGGGCGAGGCAGGCCAGCGCGGAGGCGAGCAUCAGCUACUUGAGGUGUUGCAGGUAAAGCGGGCUAAGUCUAUCGACGGCGAGUAA